AUGUCUGCCACCGAAAAGGUCGAGGUUGGCGAAUUCCGCCAGGAGGACAUCACCCUCCACGCCGCGCAGGAUGUCGAGGCCAUUGAGGCGCCCGUCACAUGGAAGGCCUACCUCAUGUGCGCUUUCGCCUCCUUUGGUGGCAUCUUCUUCGGUUACGAUUCCGGUUACAUCAACGGUGUCACCGCUUCCAAGGUCUUCUACGAGGCCGUCGAAGGCAUCGGCGCUCCGAAGCUCAGUGACCCCAACAAUUCUCUGAUCGUCUCCAUCCUCUCCUGCGGUACCUUCUUCGGUGCUCUGAUUGCCGGUGAUAUGGCCGACUGGAUGGGCCGCAAGUGGACUGUCAUUCUGGGCUGCCUCAUCUACGCCGUUGGUGUUGCUAUUCAGAUGAUCACCAGCCCUUCCCACGCUCUUGGCCCCAUCGUUGCCGGUCGUCUCAUCGCUGGUCUUGGUGUCGGCUUCGAAUCCGCCAUUGUCAUUCUCUACAUGUCCGAGAUUUGCCCCCGCAAGGUCCGUGGUGCUCUUGUCUCCGGAUACCAGUUCUGCAUCACCAUUGGUCUCAUGCUGGCUGCCAUCGUCGUCAACUACACCUCUAAAAUCGAGAACACCUCCUCCUACCGCAUUCCUAUUGGCAUCCAGUUCCCCUGGGCUGCCAUCCUCGGCUGCGGUCUCCUGUUCCUCCCCGAGUCGCCCAGAUACUACAUCAAGAAGGGCAAGGUUGCCAAGGCUGUCCAGUCUAUCGCCAAGCUCCGUGGCCAGCCUGAGAACUCCGAGUUUGUCCAGAGCGAGGUCGCCGAGAUUGUUGCCAACGAGGAGUACGAGCGCGCUCUGAUUCCCUCGACCACCUGGUUCGGCAGUUGGGCCAACUGCUUCAAGGGCAGUGUCUGGGCUUCCAAGUCUAAUCUGCGCCGCACCAUUCUCGGUACUUCUCUCCAGAUGAUGCAGCAGUGGACUGGUGUCAACUUUAUUUUCUACUUCUCUGCCACCUUCCUCAAGUCAACCGGCGCCAUCAAGAACGUCUUUCUGACUUCCAUGAUCUUCACCAUCAUCAACGUCCUUUCCACCCCUCUAUCCUUCUGGACUGUUGAGCGAUUCGGUCGUCGUUCCAUCCUCCUCGUCGGUGCUGGCGGUAUGCUUGUCUGCCAGUUCCUCGUCGCCAUCAUUGGUGUCACUUCCGGUUUUGACAAGGUUCACGCGACUCCCACCCCCGAGGACCCUGCCGCGACUACUCCCAACAACCUGAGUGCCGUCAACGCUCAGAUUGCUUUCAUUUCCAUCUUCAUCUUCUUCUUCGCCUCCACUUGGGGCCCCGGUGCUUGGGUUGUCAUUGGUGAAAUUUUCCCUCUCCCCAUCCGUUCGCGCGGUGUCGGUCUUUCCACCGCCUCCAACUGGCUCUGGAACACUAUCAUUGCUGUCAUCACCCCCUACAUGGUCGGCACCGACAAGGGCAACCUGAAGUCCAAGGUCUUCUUCAUCUGGGGUGGUCUUUGCACCUGCGCCUUUGUCUACACUUACUUCCUCGUGCCCGAGACCAAGGGCCUGUCACUUGAGCAAGUUGACAAGAUGAUGGAAGAGACUACUCCCCGUACCUCUGCCAAGUGGAAGCCCCAUUCCACUUUCGCCGGUGAGAUGAGCACUGGUGGUCACCUGGACAAGCAUGUCAUCGAGGAUGUUGAGCGCCGCGGCUCUGCUAUUUAA